UCAUCUUCAGAUGCUUCAUUGUUCAAUACAAAUAAUAAUGAGACUGCUGUAGAUUGGUUUAUUAAAUAAAUGACAUCCAGCUGUUACAGCUGUGUAAAAUUAAACAGGGACCAUCCUGGACGGCUGCAUUAUGUUUAUUUCACCCACCAGGGAACUUGUUUUUAUUGCUGUUGAACACAUUCAUCUGACAGUGACUACAGGCUUAUCAGAGCAAUACUUCACUAUACAAAACAAAUAUAUUGCAUAAUAAAUCAUUGUUUUAUAUUUAUGAAUGUAUCAUGUGAGCUGUGUGUUCGUUUGUGAAGGUAACUCAUAAUCUACCUUUCUCAAGACGGAAGCAUUGAGCUGUGAGGCCGACCACGCUCUAAAUAUGUGACAACCACAAGAUUGAACAACUCAGUUUCACGUGUUAUUCUUCAGGGUUUGACCUUCAUAACCACUCAAACAGUUAGAUGUUACUUUUAGUGAGGAACUAUUAGCACACGCUGGCCUGUAAAACCAUUUCCCCUCAGAUGAGUAGAGUUCAGUUGAAGUCAGAGAUCGCUUCAUAAUAUUUUGUCUGGUCUGAAGCCAGAUCAGAGGAUCGUGUGUGUCGUCGUCCCCUCAGGUCACUGUACACUGCAGCAUCAGCUGAUCCUGGACCAGCAUGGAUGGAUGGACUCUGAGCUUUGUUCUGCUUCUGCCAUUAACUGUGUGUUAUGGCAGUGAAGUGACGCUUGUGAAAACUCUCGGCAGUGAACCAGAUGUGACUCCUCUCUGCACCGAUGACUCAAUGACCAUUAUCACACUUAUAAUGUGUAGGAUCAGCAGAGAGAGGAGCAGAGGAGAACAGUGUCAGCUGCUGUAUGAAUAUAAACAGGGCUUUGAACAUGGAUGUGGCUCCAGGUUCAAACUCAUAACAGAGAAUAAGACUGUGUUCCUCCACCUGAGCAGUUUAACAGCAGAGGACAGUGGGAACUACACCUGUCAGUGUUCACAUCUUGAUGGGACAUACAUUGUCCAUCUCAACAUCACAGUAGAAGAGGAGGAAAACUCCAACCAUUUGACACAACCAAUGAACCUUCAGAUCCUUCUUUAUGUUUUGCUUGGUGUAAUAUUUGUCACUAUUACAUCUGGUGUGCUCCUGAGAUUCCUUUACUACAGUAUAGUAAGACAGUGUUCAAAGUCAGCAACACCUGGAGCAUCUGCACAUGACUCUUUUAGCUGUGAGCACCAUGUUGACCCAGAAAACCUGUACACAAGCCUCCAGGAGCCGACAGCUGAUCUGUACCAGAGCGUCUCCUCUGUUAAACAACACGUCCCCUGGACGAACUCAGCUUUUAAUAAUCAGGAAGUGGACCGAGCUGAGACUGGUCCAGAUGAUGACCUCUAUGAAAACAUUGGUGAAGCUGAUUAAACUGUGUGAAACAUGGAUGGUCCUGAAUCACUGAGACAAAUGUCUUCUGGUGGGUGAUAACUGAACUCUGAGCAUCCUGUCAGAUGUUCAAUGUGAAGCCCUUCAGCUUAAUACUGUUCAAUAAAGACAAUUUAUUUCAUUGUUGG